UGUAACCUGACAUUGCGCGUUUAACGGGCUCAAGUCUUCCUCCCAGCCAGGAGAAGUGAAGUGCCCCGCCCCACAGACAGGCAGCAGGCAGCACACCCACCGCACCGAGCGAGCGAGCCCAGCCGUCGGUAACGGAGAAGAUGGCAGAGCGGCAACAACAGAAACACGAAGGCAGGGUAAAGAUCGGCCAUUACAUCCUCGGCGACACGCUCGGAGUCGGGACGUUCGGGAAAGUGAAGAUCGGCGAGCACCAGUUGACAGGCCAUAAAGUCGCUGUGAAGAUCCUGAACAGACAGAAGAUCCGCAGUCUCGAUGUCGUUGGGAAGAUCAAGCGUGAGAUCCAGAAUCUCAAAUUGUUCAGACACCCACACAUCAUCAAGCUGUACCAGGUGAUAAGUACGCCUACAGAUUUCUUCAUGGUCAUGGAAUAUGUGUCAGGAGGAGAGCUGUUUGACUACAUCUGCAAAAAUGGACGGGUGGAGGACACAGAAGCUCGCCGUCUCUUCCAGCAGAUUAUCUCAGCUGUAGACUACUGCCACAGACACAUGGUGGUCCACAGAGACCUCAAACCUGAGAACGUCCUGCUGGACGCCAGCAAGAACGCAAAGAUUGCUGACUUUGGACUGUCAAACAUGAUGUCAGAUGGAGAAUUCCUACGAACAAGCUGUGGUUCACCCAACUAUGCAGCUCCAGAGGUCAUCUCAGGAAGGCUCUACGCAGGCCCAGAAGUUGACAUCUGGAGCUGUGGGGUGAUCCUGUACGCCCUGCUGUGUGGCACUCUCCCCUUUGAUGAUGAACAUGUCCCUACACUGUUUAAGAAGAUCAGAGGAGGUGUCUUCUACAUCCCAGAGUACCUGACCCGCUCUGUGGCCUCGCUGCUCAUGCUCAUGCUGCAGGUGGAUCCUCUGAAGAGAGCCACCAUCAAAGACAUCAGGGAACAUGAGUGGUUUAAGCAGGACCUGCCAGGCUACCUGUUCCCGGAGGACCCAUCGUAUGAUGCUACUGUCCUAGAUGAAGAGGCUGUCAAAGAAGUGUGCGAGAAGUUUGAAUGCACCGAGUCUGAGGUCAUGUCCAGUCUCUACAGUGGAGAUCCACAGGACCAGUUAGCAGUAGCCUAUCACCUCAUCAUAGAUAACCGGCGCAUCAUGACCCAAGCCAGUGAGUUCUACUUGGCAUCCAGUCCUCCACAGGGUUCUUUCAUAGAAGAGGGCAUGCCACUACCCCCAGGGGUCAAACCCCACCCAGAGAGGAUGCCUCCACUCUUAGCUGACAGCCCCAAGUCUCGUUGUCCUCUCGAUGCUCUCAACACCACCCGACCUAAACCGCUGGCAGUGAAGAAAGCCAAGUGGCACCUGGGCAUCAGGAGUCAGAGCAGACCCUAUGAUAUCAUGGCUGAGGUGUACAGAGCCAUGAAACAGCUCAAUUUUGAUUGGAAGGUGGUGAAUCCGUAUCAUCUGAGAGUGCGGAGGAAGAAUCCAGUGACGGGCAACUUGGUGAAAAUGAGCCUACAGCUUUACCAGGUGGACAACAGAUCCUACCUCCUCGACUUCAAGAGCAUUGAUGAUGACAUCAUCGAGGCAGUGGGCUUUAAAUCAGGCUCGUCCACCCCUCAGAGGUCGGGCUCCACAGCUGGUCUCCACAGACCCAGACUGAGCAUCGACUCAGCAAGCCCAGCGAUUGAUCUGCCUCAGCUCAGCUCCUCUCUCCCAGGGUCCCUGUCGGGUAGCACCCCUCUGCUAACCCCACGCCAGGGAUCACACACCAUGGACUUCUUUGAAAUGUGCGCCAGUCUGAUCACCACACUGGCGCGCUGAGACCUGCCAGCUCCUAACCUUGCUGUAACCUGGAUGUCAGUGGGGUUUUUAAGCUAAUUGCACAUCUGGGGAUGUAGGGAGUGUAGAUGUUUGUUGCGACUUCCUCUUUCUGUCUCCUCUCCAUCUGUUCCAGUUGCACUGGACUAGAAGGGGAAGAGGAAUAGUCACAGCAAUGCUUGUAUGUGUUCAGCACAGAUGAAGGAGAGAGAAAGGGGGGCAGAUUACUUGCUUAUUUUUUCUUGUUUUGAAACAGUAAUUGGGUCAAAGUCUUGGUGUUGAAACAUCAGGCCACAGCUUGUAAAAACUGAUCCUGGGAUUGGAAUCUGUGAACGAGCAGAGGCCAGAGGUCACAGUUCGCAGCAAAGGUCAAGUUCACCGUCACUCCUCCCACAAAUACUUUCAAUCUGUAAUCAGCUGCUGAAAUUUCAUCACCCACCAUACCACUUAAUGCCGGAAAUCCUGCUGAGUUCACCCUAGACACUGAUCGGAGGUCAGAUUAGCAUCUUGUCCCAUAUUUUAAUUGGGGCGCUGGUUGUUAAAACUUACAUUUAAAUCUGCGUCUGAAGGAACAUAAGUACAUGUGAAAUUUCAAGUUUUAUAUUAUAUGGUUUGUAAAGAAGCUUUUGUUAUCCAUGUAUUAUAUUUAUAUUUCGAUCGUAGUACGUAGCUGAAGAGGUUGACAAAGAUAUACCAAAAAGCAGAAUUUAUACGUCAUAAAGAUUAUUAUUUAGAUAUCAGAUCCAUAUUUAUUUUUGAGAAAUUGUUUUUUUUAGGCACUGUAGUUUUAUUAUUUGAGCACUGCAUCAACACACAGUUUUAACUUGACUUUGAAUAGAUUGUAGAUGAUCAAUGAACCUCGAGAGACAGCGGGAUGGUAGAACGAGAAUGCUCUGCUUCGUACUGAGAAGAUAUGUGUUGCAUUUUAGUGUUGAAGACUGUUGCACACCAUCUCACAUGGGUUUUUACAACCACUGUACUGCCAUGAGCAAUCCAUUUCAAAGCAUGCAUAUCACUAUUUUCUUCCCAUGAGCGCAUUAUUUUAUACAUGCGACACACACACACACACACACACACACACACACACACACACACACACACAGACAGAAUCCUUUGCACUAAAGAAGCAACUGUUGCUCAAAGUGUCAGCGCUGCUCCCCCAUUCAUGCACAGAAUGUAUUUUUGAAAAAGCAAGCAGGCCGGUGACAUCAGGAGGACAGACAUGGCAGUCAGUCAUGCAUGCAGUAACAUGAAUAAGGACAGGCGUUACUCACUGUAAUAGGAAUUGCAAGAAGUUUUAGAGAAGCUAGUUUUAUUUUUAUUUUUUGUAAUCACACUACAAGUUGUAAGAAAAAAAAGGAGCCUAAUUACUAAUGUGUAAAACCAAAACACAUUUAUCACACAUUAAUGUCCUAUGAUAGUUUUUAUUUGAGAACUACCUUCAAUCAACUUCAUCAAUUUUCCAGAUUUACAAAAACGUAGCCCUCUGUUCAUUCCUUAUGUGAACAGAUGACAAAGAAAAAUCCAUGUGAGAUGGUGUGAAUCGGCUGUAGGAGAGUAAAAGCCACAGAAACCUUUCUCCAGUUGCCUUAAAGAAUGCAACACAGUAAUUCUGUGCAUCUGUAUAUGGAGACUGUGUUCAGUGUGUUUUGGAGAUCAGUGUGCCACAUGGUUGUCAUGUUUUGUUACCGAUUUAAUGCUGGUGUGUUAGGAAGGCGUUUGGUACAGCCGUGAUGUCAGAAUCAGAAAAGUGGGUGACGACAGAUGGUUUAGUGGAUUGUAGCUGUUUGGACGUUUGCUGGUUUUGUUCAGUCUGCGCUUAAGAACUAAGUUACUGAGGCCAGCAGUUUGUUUGAAUGCACAGCUUUUACUGUACCUGUUGUUUGUACUCAUACCUUAGUGAUGUUGUUUCGCUGUGGUCAUACCUAAUGUGUUUUCCAAGUCUUUUUUUCCAAUGAAUGUAAAGUGAAAGCUGGUGCUGCUCAUUUGAAACUUCUUGUCUGAGUUUGCUGUCUUGGUUUUAAAGCACCGCUGUGUACAGGAGUGUUACCUUUAUACUGUUUGCAGUGAAACAGAGGUCAGAGGGAUAGUUGGUAUUUUUCUGUAGUUUAAAUAAGCCAUUCAGAAAUAAAUACUGAUAUGCAUAAGUACAAUCCAGUACUGUGGACAUGUGGAACGAUACAUUUUGAAAUAAUUCAAUAACUUAAUCUCAUGAUUGGGAGAUUUGGUUCAUCAUUGUUAUUUUUACAGGCUGGUGAUUGGCUGAAAGGCAAAGAGACAGGGUUUGACAACAUCACGGUUUUGACAAGUGACAUAAAUGAAAGUGUCAUUAGGAAAAAUAUUCAGAGCAACUGUGAUAUAACAAGGUUGUUGCUAGAGGUACGGACCCGUACCCGUAGCCUGUGGACUACGGAUACGGCACUUGCCAUUUGCCAAUCAGAUACGCGAGAUCUGGUCACGUGACUCCCGGUAGACGCUAGCGGUACGGACCCGCAGCACUACCAUAUAACAAUGCUGAAAUAUCAAACGGUGGAGAUGCAAUCAAGAAAUUAUUUCAUAGUUUAUUUGUUCAUGUGCAAACUAUUUAUUUCAUAAUGUCUUAUUUAUUUCUUUAAAGUUGGCCAUGCUAAAGGUUCACAAGCAUCAGUCUCGACUUUUGACUGUUCAACUAAAUCCAUGUUGUUACCUGUGUGCUUUGUUGGACCUACAGUUGAUGUCAUUUAAGUAAUUUUUGUUGGCGUUGUGUUUGAAAUGAAUUCAGUGAUUUUUGCCUUAUGAAAGCAUCGUGAAGACUUUUGGUUGAAACAGAGAAGGCCACACUCUUUGAUACUCUGCUGAAACCCUUUAUUACAUGUAUAGUGUUUUUAUGUCCUGUGUAGGUUCUCCGCUCUGUCUGUGACGGCACGUACACUGCUGAUUAUUCUUUGAUGUCGGGGAAAUGGCGCUCCCUGCUGCAAGACACGUGCAACUGACCUGAACACUAAGCCACGCUCUUUGUCAAUCAUCUGUAAUACACUAUAUUGCUGUGUCUUAAAAGACUUGUCCUCUGUAUAGUGAGCAACUUUGGGAUCAUAUCUGGCCCUUUAUGCAUCCAUUCCUGGUACUGCUGCUCAUGACAACACAAUGCAAAACACGUAUCAAUGAAGUGCACUAUCCUGCAGAAGUCAUGGGUCAGAGUUAAAAACUCCUCUGGUAUCACCAGUAUUUACUGUCAGGUGAAGUACUACCAUUACAACUGUAUGCAACUACCAGUGGCAUGUUAGUCAUGUUAGCGCAUCUGUGUCUAGGGCUGGAACACAUGCCAGAGGGCCUAAUUAAAUACUGACUUUC